UCUUGGCUAUUCUCUUUAAGCCCUAAAUCACCUUCUUUAAACUCUCACAGAUUUUACAUCGCAGGGCAUGGCAAACAAAACAAAUGUAGCACUAUUACUCAUUGUCUUCUCGAGCCUGCUUUUGUUCAUGAAUUCAGAGGCACGCGUUCUCCAAAAUCGGCCAUUCAUUCGCAAGAAUAUCAACAGCCUGCGGCUUCUUCAUGAACUAGGUUAUUAUGACCUGUCGAAGCAAAUGAUGCGUCAUGGUCGAGUUAUGGAAGAGGUUGGUCAUGAAGAUAGACCAUCACCAGGAGGACCAAAUCCCAAGCAUAAUCGUGAAUCACCACCGAAGUUCUACUAGAAAGUAGGUUCUGCUGUCCAGAGCUUGCAACAGGUCUUGCCCAGCAUAUAGUAUUUACUUGACUAUCCAGAUUUUCCAAUAAAAAUCCUAAAUGCGCAUGCAUGCCUGCUUUCCUUAGGAUCAUCGUAUGUUGGAAGGCAUAUGUAGGUACGUACGUAGGGAGUGUGAUGUAUUUGUUAGGUUUUGUGUGCACUGUUCUGCAUUUACUGUCGGCCCUUUUUUUUCGUUUACUUUUCUAGUUCGAAUUUUCUUUUCAGACGUCGUGUAUGGUUGAGUGAGGAGGCUUCGGCCGGGACGGAUUUUGUCUUGUGCGUGUAGUUUUAAUUUGGUUUGUUGCGUUAUUGCUAAUGAUAUAAAUUUCGUCGUUACUAUUUAUAUAGAGCAUUAUUUUUUUUUGGC